AGGCCAAAUCUGCCCAAACCGUUGGUGGAAGGAGGGGAGCUUGGAUUGGGCAGCUCUCGUGAUCGUGUGUGACAGUUGGCGGGGAGAGGGGGACAGUUUCAGAGGCGAUGGCUGCGGCAAGCGUCGCAGCGGCUUCGCGGGGCACGGUGGCUGCCAUAGCCUGCGCGAGCGACAGCGGAACGAAAGCUAGGCUAAGCGCCGGCAACAGGGGGCGGGGCGCGCCCGGCGGAAGUCUCGAGCGGAGGAAAGCGGAUGAGCUCUCCGGGCGCGGAAGAGCGGGGGAAGCGGGUGGGUCUUCCGCCUGCUGUCACAGUGGUAUCGGAGCAACGUUGGCCGUAGCUGAUGCCCGGCGGGCUCAGCAGCUGGCCCCGACGCCCCCACCUCUGCCGUCGGCGGCAGCCAUUGCCAGAGUAAGAGAGGGAACGAACACGGCAGCGGAGCUUGCCAACUCGCGCCAAUGGCGGAUGCCCGCGGUCUCUGUGUCGGUCCGGCGUGCGCCGGGCAAUGUAGCCGCCUCUUCCCUCCCUUUUCUCUCCGACAGCUCGGCGCGCAGCAUCAGCAGCGCUAUCCUGCGCCGCGGCGGAUCUCCCGCUCCGCUCAACGACGGGCUGAAUCACACCCUGUGGGCAAUCACCAGGCUGGCUGGCUCAUCCUUCCCGUCCUCCUCUCCGCUUUCCUCGACGCCAUCGCCGUCGAAGUUCUUGGUCCACUCCGUCGCGGAGAAGCCUCCCGCGGCCAUCUUGGAAGACGAUGACUCUGCCGUCACCAAUCGGAUAUGGUUGUCGGACGUGGUAGCCAAGAAAGAGCGCGCCUAUUUUCAACGUCCCUGGACUGGAAAGGACCUCACCUACCUCUCCCACAUCCUCCUCCUCCACGUGGCUUCUCUCGCCGCCCCCUUCACUUUCAGUUGGGACGCUUUCGCCGUCUUCUUCUCCCUCUACGUCGUCACUGGCUUGUUUGGCAUCACCCUCUCCUUCCACCGCAAUCUUUCUCACAAGGCCUUCAAAUUGCCCAAGUGGUUGGAGUACACCUUUGCCUAUUGCGGUGUGCAGGCCAUGCAAGGUGAUCCCUUGGAGUGGGUAAGUUCCCACAGGUACCACCACCUUUAUUGCGACACCCCCUUGGACCCCCAUUCGCCUAAAGAGGGCUUCUGGCACAGCCACAUCUGUUGGCUGCUGGAUGCCUCGCGCAUUGAGGGCAGAUUGGGAAAGCGGACAAACAUAGCGGACAUGGAGAACGACCCCUUCUACCAGUUUAUCAGGAAGACUUACCCCCUUCAUCUGGUGGGCCUAUCGCUUCUCUUGUUUGCCUGGGGGGGGCUGCCCUACUUGAUAUGGGGGGUGGCACUGAGGACGGUGUUUGUCUACCACAUCACGUGGCUGGUGAACUCUGCGUCGCACGUCUGGGGCUCGCAGAAGUGGAACACAGGCGAUCUGUCGAGGAACAACUGGUGGGUAGCUUUAUUGGCCUUCGGGGAAGGUUGGCAUAACAAUCAUCAUGCGUUCGAGUACUCGGCGAGGCACGGGCUGGACUGGUGGCAGUUAGACUUGACUUGGUAUGUGAUCAAGGCCUUGGAGAAGAUGGGGUUAGCUACAAAUGUGAAGUUGCCCAGACCCGAUCAGAUGUCGAGACUGUCAUUCCCUCCCUCUCAAUAAAGAAGGAAAGGAGGAGGGAGGAGGAGGAGAAGGAGAAGGAGGAGGAGGAGAAGGACUAGAUACGGCGGUGUUGGCCGGCGACGAAUGUGAUGAAGUUGCCUGGACGGGAUCAAAUGGGGAGACUAUCUUUCCCUCCCUGAGGGGGAGGAGGAGGAGGAGGAGGAGGAGGAGUUCUAGAGAAGACGGGGUUGGCGACGGAUGUGAUGAAGUUGCACAGACGGGAUCAAAUGGCGUGUCUAUCCUUUCUCCCUCCAAUCGGAAUGGGAAGGAGGAGGAGGAGGAGGAGGAGUUGGUGUUUGGUUGUUCGUAGUCUUCUCCAGGUCUCUGUUGAAGAUCAUCUUGUUUGCAUCAGCUGCCGCCGGGAUCCCGAGCCUGCUAGUGCGUAGUAGGUAUGAUCCUUCUAGCGCUAGGACUCGUCCGAAGAGUUGGGGAAUGGAAAACGUCCAGAAGGACACAGUCAAUCAACCUCUGCCUCUGUCACCACUCCAACAGGUCUAUGCUUCGCUCUUAGGAAAGACGUUGAUUUGACGAAUCCAACAUGUUGGACGUAUCCGGUCCAGAAAGCGUCCAAAUGCAUGUAGAGUGUUGUGUAGUGAAGCGAGGCGCUUGGUGAGGAGGCACACAACAAAGUGGCCACAUGUACGGCAUCUAUCAGGGAAGGAGGAGGGAGGGGGGGGGGAGGGAGGGAGGGAAGAGGGAGGGAGGCAUUCAGGGAGGAAGACAUUUGGGUGUGGGUGUGAGCUUUGAGGCUAUGUAUUGUUCACGUCCGUGCGCGGAGAUGACACGAUUUCUCAACGCAGCAGGCACUGCCAAGCGACGACAUCUUUGGCUUUUAUGGCUGGGGGCGCCGGUUCGAUUCCGUGGCUGCACGGAUGGAUCCGAAGCUAGAAAGUACUGAUCACUACCGACGAUUGCUCACUGAGGACGUACUUGUCGUCGGUUCAUCAGUUUUUGAAUUUGAUUCACUCGAGUUCAAGUCCAUUUGGGAAGGUCCUUCAUAUCUAUAUAUGUCGACGAUAUAUAUAUAUCUGUCUGAUGAUAUAUAUGUUGAUGGAUAGAUAUAGAUGUGACGAUAUAUAUAUAUAUACAUAUACAUAUAUGGACAACCCUUGGAUCACAUAGAGUUUGCGGGGUCCUAGUUCCGAACGUCAGGACGUGCAGCAGUGGGAGAUUUGCGCGAUAUAUAUAGAGUCUCGUGGUGGUGGGUGGAAUUGAAAGAAUGGGGGCAGGCAGGCAGGCAGGAAGGAAGGAAGGAAGGAAGGAAGGAAGGAAGGAAGGAAGGAAGGAAGGAAGGAAGGAAGGAAGGUAGGAGCAAAGCGUAUUAUAUAUGCAUAUAUAAUUUGACGUAUAUGCAUAUAUUCAUGACCUUGUUGGUACAGAUUCUCUGUAUCUUGGUGUGUUAUAGAUAUAUGACUAUAUAUAGGUAGUUGUAUUUGUAUGUUAGCGGAUGCGCAACUCUCUGGGCCAGUUUGAUGAUGAUGAUGAUGAUGAUGAUGAUGAUGAUGAUGAUGAUGAUGAUGAUACCCGUUGAGCAGUGGAGCAGAUGUGUAGAGGGAAAUUUCCGCCAGAGAAAUAAAUUUUUAUUUUUUAU